AUGCCUAGAACCACUCGUAUCGAGAUCAUCUUGUUUGCAGCUCUCUGCUUCUUCCUACCAUCGAUCCCCUCCACAACAGUCCAAGGAGGCGAUUUGGCGAGCAGGAAAGCAUGCGUCAACAAGUUCCUGCCUUUGCUCCGACAACGAGUUCUGUACAUACAGUAUCAGAGGUUGAUUCGGAUCAGCGGAGGCUCUGACGACAUGUCGGAGUUUGAGCAGCUCAGGUCAGCAGAGGACAAAAUGGAUGAUGUCGAAAGCGUGGAGGAGAGCAUGCCUCCACGAGAGAGCAUCCCCUCCGAGCAGGAGACAACUCCCAGUGAGGACGAGCAGGAAGAGCAGAAGCCUCUUGAGGAGGAAGACAUGGAAUUGGAUCAUGAUAGCCUGUCUGAGCAUGAACAAGAGGACUCGGAAGUGGUCUUGAAGCGAAAGCUCGAUGAGCUCGUCACGAUGACAGACAAGGAUAUUUUCGACAAGUUUUACGAUCGAAGCAAAUCCCAGCAAGCUAAAAGACCCAAUGAAAAGCAGAGGAGCAUGGCGGAAGCUAAGUUUCGAGCAGACGACUUCGACAACCAUGUUCAAGUUGUUGACAACAAGAUUGUCAUUGGCCAGAGAAGAAAGGCUGUGAAUCAGCGGGAAGAGAAGCAGAGGCGCGAAUUACGGCUCUUUGACAUGUUGGUCCAAAAUGCCACAUGGGCAGAAGCAGCUACAAGAGCAUACAGGUUCCAUCAUUAUGAAGAUUUCGACAUCACAAAACCCGUUUCCUUCAAUGCCGAUCAAGAGUUCAUCAAGAACUGGGCAGGGGCUGUACGAGGGGCUGUAGCGCUGAGGAAAGGAAUCUGCUUGCCGUCCUUUCCCGUUCCCAAGCAACCCAUCAACGACGUGAGAUACCCCGGUGGCUCCUGCAUGCCGGAUCCGGAGUGCCCUCCUAUUACUCAUCAAGUCGAGCUGUUUCCCAUUUCUCGAAUUCCCAUGGAUGAGCUUGUAGGCAGAGUGGGCGGCAGCGUACCGAGCUCGAGGAGGAAGACCUGCCUGCCGUUCCCCCUCGACCAUCCUGCCAACUCUUCGAUCAGAGAGCGAUACUACAAGCCGGUCAGGGCGACGAGAGACAUGACAAGGGGGAAGAAGAAAGAGAUGAUGCAAGGAGCCACGUACACGCGGGAGUUCAUCGAGGCCCAAUAUCGAAAGGCUGAACAGCGCCGAAGUAGAGACGAGGAUUUUGAGCAGCACCUGAAAGUGAUGUUCCCCUACCAGGACAUCUUACCAGACGGGCUGUUGAAUACAUCAUCAUCUCGAACAGAGCAGUAUUUCAAACUGCCCCACCACUGGUACCUCGGGUCGGAGAAUCGGCGAUUUGGGCUGCCCAAGGACAGAGGAGGAGGGAUGGAGAUGGAGGGGGCAGGAGAGGGGGGGCAGGAAAUGCUCGGAGAUCCAAAGCGAGGGUUUGGGUCAAGAUGGGAGAGAAUGGACCUCUUCGACCUCGAAACGCCUCCGCCGCAGACAUUCGACCUCGACGAGGAUCGAGUUGUGCUUGAGGACGGCUCAAUAGUCAACAAGCGCACGCGGCUCCGCCAACUUCUCAAUGGGACCGUCGUGCCUCUUGACUCGAGCGACGACGUGAAGACCCCCGACGCACGCCCGACUGAACGGGGACAAGUCCUGUUGACGGAAGAGCAAAUGUCAGAUCGUUUCGUGUCGAUCAUGCAAGCGCACAAGGACAAGUUGUACUCUUUGCUCCGACCGCAAGACUACGGGAAUGCGACCCAGGGCCAAGAGGUGGUGCAGGACGAAACAUCGCCUGUGCCCAAGGACAAUGCAGAGGGGGAGGAGGAGGAGGAGGACGCAGCCUUUGUUCGUAUUCCAGCUGGGAAGCACGUGGAGGACGAGCAGACCAUAAAGCUCAUGAAGAUGAUGUCAAGAGGAGCCAAGGAGGGAAAGGAGCUGAGAAUUUCAGCUGGACUCCACAGGUGGCUUGACAAGCUUCGCUUCCAGCCCGGGACCACCCGAUGGAUGAACCCUACAAACGGACAGACUGAGACCAUGGCGAAUCAGCGAUGGCUGCGAAUACGCGGAGACGAGCGGGGAGACGUUGCAGUCACGGGGAAGCUUGGAGGGGCAUGCUUGUGGGGACAGUGGAAGGUGUACCAUGGGACACGAGGGUGGCUGGAGCGAGUCAGUCUCAUCCUCGAUACAGACUGCUGCUACAGGCCAACCUUCCAGGUUCAGGGAGGGAACUGGUCAGUCACUGACUGCGAGGUUCGAGCAAUCCUCACAAUCACCAUGGUCGUCAGAGAUUUUGCUGCUGUCAAGAUGAAAGAUUGCGUCAUCGGGGGUUGCGACUUCGGGUGGUUUGUCGCUACGGACGGGGUGGUGGUGAAGGACAGAGCUCGAGUGCGGAUGAAGGGAGGGAGAGGAGAGUACGUGGCGGCGCUGGGAUGUGUAGCCUCUUCCGACGGGAUGAGCGAGGUCACAGUUGAGAAGAUGCUAGUUCACAGGUGA